CAAUUAUUGUCGACAAUUCCGGUCGCCAGUAACGGUUUAAUAAUAUGCAACGGGCUUUAUUUUUAUGAGUAAUUGUUUGUAUACUAUUAACAUAAAAUAGCUAUCGACAAAAAAAAUCCGUAGAUUUACAUAUUUUAUUUGUGAAUUUUAUCUAUAUCCUGAGUAGUUUUUUUUGUAAAAUUAUAAUAAACUAUGACAAAUUGCUAUUAAAUGAUAGAUAAUAUAACCUUACUUUAACACAACAGAAUUAUUAUUACAAGAUAUAUAAGUUAUAAUUGUAUAAAUAAUUAAUUUAAAAUAAUUAAUUUAAUUUACAAUUUGUAAUUGUAUAAAAAUACACAUAUGGGCUAUUAUUAUAAUGGAUAUAAAACAGAAAAUUAUACAAAGAUUCAACGAAGAAAUGGGAUCAAGUUUGAAAGGACUUGAUAAUAUAAAACAUUUUCAUGAGUGGCUCCAAACAGAAAAAGAUGAAAUUGAAAAAUCUUUAUCCAUGGCAUCAAGUGAAGCCCCUUCAAAAGUCAAAGCAGCUGUACAGAAUGUCGAGCAUAUUACUAUGGAAUUUGAAAAAUUACAAAUUUUUGCAAUAGAAGUUCACAAUAAUAUUCAAGAAUCAAUGCAAGAAAAUAGUGAAAAUUCAGAAGUACAAGAAGUUAUUGAUAAGAUAGGUCAAUUGGAUAAAUGCCUAUCAUAUCUAAAUUUUAUAAAAUGUAUUGAGGAUAUCAGUGAUGAAAUAGAAAAUUCGUUGUUAUCAGCUGAUGAUGAAUCUGUUAUCACAUUAUAUACAAAUCUUUCCGAAAUUAGUUGUCAAUUGCAAUCAUCGUCUUGUCACCAUCUUGUAAAUUAUGUGAAAGAGACAUUACAUUUUUGGCAUAAUUUAAUUAAAGAAAAAUUAUCAAAGGAAUAUAAUGAUGUGUUAAAAAGUUUGAAAUGGCCUUUCUGUGGAACUAAUGCAAACAUAGUAAUUACAUCUUUACCUGAAACUAUUACUAGAUUUAAAAUACUUACAGAAUACCUAUUACAUCUACAACUACCGGAUGAAACUAUAAAACCUGUAGUAACAUCCGCUCUUCUGACUGAUUUCGCAUCUGUGUGCUUACCUAUUACUCUACUAGUGCGCCCAUUGAGGCAGAGAUUUAUUUAUCAUUUUACAGGUAGUAAAUUGACAAAUCGACAAGAUAAACCAGAAUGGUUUUUUACUCAGAUACUUACAUGGAUCAAAGAUCAUGUUCAGUGGAUACAAAAAUUUGUUCAACCUGUAGCAAAUUCUAUUGGCUUCAAUCAUAUAGAUGUGAAGGCUGAAUUUAUGCGUGCUUUGGUACAAUUGGCUGUUGAAAAAUUGCAUUCCGAAUUAGCAAUAGCACAGCACGAUGAUGCUUUAUUUGCUCAUUUAAUAGAUGAAGCUCUUGGAUUUGAAAGAGAACUUAGAGAAACAUUAUUAUAUCCAUCUUCUCAACCAGCUACUGUAUUUGUAUUAACACAAGCUCAUAUAUUUGUAAAGUGGAUUAAUAUGGAAAAAAAAUAUGCCACAGAAAAAAUGGAUGCAAUAUUAAACUCAAACACAGCCUGGGAAAUUUUAUCAGGACCCGAUGUAAAUGACAUGAAAGAAACAGAAUGUGCCAACGCUUUUCUUACACUUUUAACAACAAUCUCUGAUAGAUACAAACAUUUACCUCAACCAGGACACAGAUUACAGUUUCUUGAACUACAAUUAGAAUUAAUUGAUGAUUGGAGAGUAAGAUUAUUACAAUUAUUACAUGAAGAUUGUGUAGAUCCAUUAGCAUCUCUUAUGCCACGUAUACUCAAUACAUUACAUUAUGUUGCAAAUGUUUUAGACGAAUGGGGUGUAACUGUGCACUUUUUGCAACUUCAUUUCUUCAAAAAACAAUUUGAAGCAAUAGAAUGCGCUACAGAUGAAGGUAAAGAUGUUACUGAACAUAUUGGAGAAAUAGAAGGAACAAUAUUUGAUGAAGCUGUAGCUUUAUUACGAAGACUAGAAAAAGAGUUAGUUAAUGAAAUCAGUGAUUCAGUAGCUUUGGAUGUGAAAGCAAAAAGUAGACCUUAUAGAACAGAUAAAUGGUUUGCAAUGCAAUCUGCAAAAGAAGUUGCUUCACUGUCAGUAACUCCUAGUGGUUGUCCCAUGUUUCAAGAAUUAGGUACAAGACUCCACGUAUUACAUGAAGCACUUGCUCUACCAUUAUUUCAUCAAGCUUGGAAACAAUUAGCUUUUCAAUUUGAUCAGUUUCUCUUAGAGGAGGUUGUCAUGGUAAAUCAUUUUAACACAGGAGGUGCAGAACAAUUACAAUACGAUAUUUUUAGGAAUUUGUUCCCUCUUUUUGGCCUAUAUAUUAGCAAACCAGAAUCGUUUUUCCCAUUAAUUAAGGAGGCUUGUGUUUUACUUAACAUAUUGAUGGGAUCUGCAAUGUUACUUCUGGAUGCACUCAACACAAGUGAUGAAGAUACAGCAAAGGAAAUACUCGCAGAUCAGCAAUAAUCGAUUAAGAGGAAGUAUGGAAAUAGCAGUAAGGACUCCUUUAAAGGCAUCGGAUUUGAGCUUGGAUGAAGAAAAUGGAGCAUUUAUAUCUACAGAUGUAUAAACACCUAUCCGAUUUGCUGUUGUUCCUAUUACCAACCCUCGUUCAUAAGUUGCCAUGCAAUGAACUGGUUCAGUAGUGCCUCUAAAAACGUAAAAACUUAUAUUUAAUAAUAUAUGAUACUAUAUUCUAUUUUAAUAUAUUUUUGGAAUUUCUAUAAUAUUGAAAUGUAUAUAUUUACUUCAUGUGAAACUUUAGUUUACCAUCCAUCGCACUCCACACUGCAAUAGUUUGGUCUAAUGAAGAACUUAUAAUAGUUGUUUCAUUCACAGCUUGCAAUUGCAAUAUCUAUAAUAAAACGACAUAUUAAAAAUAUAAAAAAUUAAUAUAAUAGAAUUUUUGUAUAUUAUAUUGAUGAGAAUGUAUUAUAAAACGAUACCUCACACUCAUGUCCUUUCCAAGAUGCUAUGAUAAGACCAGUUCUAAUAUCUAAAAUAGUUAAAAACCCAGAUGCUUGACCUAAUGCAAUCCAAUGGCCACUAGGUGCAACUGCGAUACAUCUGAUCAAACCAGUAGGAUUUGUCAACACCUAAUAUUUAAAAUGAUAUAUAUAUAUAUAUAGUAAAAAAAUAUUUGUAUAUGAUUGUGUCAUCACAACACUAACUUUCAUUUCAUUAACAUAUUGGAAUGUUCUACAAUCAAUAACUCUUAAAGUAAUAUCAGUCGUUCCAACAAACAAAUUAGUUGAUGGAGAAGGACCUGCAGCUAAAGUAUUUAUAGGUGCUAAUCGAUUAUUUUCUGGACAUCCUAAUAAAGAACCCAUGAAAGGAUCCCAACAAUGAAUGACUCCAUCACAAGUAAUUGCAUAUCGUAGAGAUUCUAGGAAUGUUAAUGCAAGAAUAGAUUUCUUGUGACCAGUAUACGUGUAUUGACAUGAUGAAACAGUACUUCCAUCACCCUACAUAAAAAAUUCAUAUAAAAUUAACAAGUAUGAAAUAUAUUAAAUAAAUGAAUGCACUUGCCUGACUUCUUAAACUCCAUAAUUUAACAGUUUUAUCUCUGCUUCCACUCAUAAAACUAUUUUCAUUAUCUAAAACAUAUAAGCAUCUAAUACUAUUAUUGUGUCCACCAAAACUUUGAAGUUUUAUCUGCUUUAUGUUGAAUGCUGUUUCUUUGUCAGGUCUUCCAAUUUCAUGUUCCCAAUAUGCUAACCAAUUUCCACGUAACUGUCUCCCACUAGAUAAAGAAUAAAUUUCCUUAUUUGGACAAAUAACUGUGUCAGCUGUUGAUUGAGAUCGACUGUCAUCUUUCUGUAUUUCAAACCUAUUUCCUAUCACAGAUAUAUUCCCAAAACUAUUUACAUCCUUGUUCAAAAAUUCCAUGUUUUCUGAAAUACUGUAAUCUACUAGGCAUGAUGCACUAUAUUGCUCUGUACCCACAUUAGGUGAAGAUAAUCGUGUUUGUUGUUCAUAUUCAUGGCAAAGAUUACGUAUGUGCUGAUGAUUUUUAAGUAUUUGUUCUAUCGCUUCACCACUCAUACAUUUGUAGAACAGCAUGUAUGCUUUAUGUGCAAACUCUGUAGUAAAUACUUCUUUUAACUCUUCAAAUGCCUAAAAAUACAUUAAAGAAUAACACAAUUUAUACUUGGCUUUGAGAAAUGGAAAAUAUUUAUAUAAUUACUUUAUUUCUCUGAGGAUCCGAUAUAUUUGAAUUUUCUACAACUGGUGGAGAAUAUGAUUCAGCAUUUUCUACACUAAAACCAUCCCAUAUCAGAGGAGAACCAGAAGAACAAGUUUCAAUUAUAUUCCAGUCUUGGAUAUUACAAUGACUUGUACCUUCAUUAGAAACUUUUAUUCUAAGCAUACCGAAAAUGCAUAUGAUAAUUUGUUA